AGGGGUCCAUGUGGUCGCGGGUGGAUGAGGCUAGCGCUUGCUUCUUACACAUAUACUUACACACACACACACGCGCUGUUGCUCUUUCUCUCUUGUGCACACUCACACAAACACACACACACACACACGUGGAAAGGCUUUGCAGGACUACCUUGCCACUAUCCUGUGGACUCUGACAGCAAGUAGCCGGUGUUUGUGAGUGUGUUUGUGGGAGUACCACUCCAAACUCAUGGAGUCCUGCGGAUUACUACAGAGCUCUGGGAGUGACCAGUAGCCCACAGGGAUGUGCAGAGUCCCCUCAUCUGGUCUGAGGACACAUUGAUACAGGAGGGAGACAGAGAGAGGGAGGCUGUGGGGAGCGGGCUCGACGGAGAGCACUCACUCACACACACACACACACACACACACACACACACUCACGCUGGUGAGUGGACGUGGAGGAACACACUAGUGCUGUGCCAGACGACCUCACUCCAGAGGAGAAGCAGGAAUUGGAGAAUAUCCGACGCCGAAAACAGGAGCUCCUAGAGGACAUACAGCGGCUGAAGGAUGAGAUAGCAGAGGUGACGAGUGAGAUUGAGAACCUGGGCUCUACUGAAGAGAGGAAAAACAUGCAGCGGAAUAAACAGGUGGCCAUGGGCCGCAAGAAAUUCAACAUGGACCCCAAGAAGGGGAUCCAGUUCCUGAUAGAGAAUGACCUUCUCAAGAACACAUGUGAGGACAUCGCCCAGUUCCUCUACAAGGGAGAGGGACUCAACAAGACUGCCAUCGGCGACUACUUGGGGGAGAGAGAUGACUUCAACAUCCAGGUUCUGCAUGCAUUCGUGGAGCUGCAUGAAUUCACAGAUCUCAACCUAGUGCAAGCUCUCAGGCAGUUCCUGUGGAGUUUUCGGCUGCCUGGCGAGGCACAGAAGAUCGACCGCAUGAUGGAGGCGUUUGCCCAGCGCUACUGUCAGUGCAACCCGGGAGUCUUCCAGAGCACAGAUACCUGCUACGUGCUGUCGUUUGCCAUCAUCAUGUUGAACACCAGCCUGCACAACCCCAACGUGAAAGACAAGCCGGGUGUGGAGCGCUUCAUCAGUAUGAACCGAGGCAUCAACGACGGAGGAGACCUGCCCGAGGAGCUGCUCCGAAACCUGUAUGAGAGCAUCAAGAAUGAACCAUUUAAAAUCCCUGAAGAUGAUGGCAAUGAUCUCACACACACCUUUUUCAAUCCAGACCGUGAGGGUUGGCUUCUUAAAUUAGGAGGUGGCCGUGUAAAGACUUGGAAGAGGAGAUGGUUCAUCCUGACCGAUAACUGCCUCUAUUACUUUGAGUACACCACUGAUAAGGAGCCUCGAGGCAUCAUUCCCCUGGAGAACCUCAGCAUCAGAGAGGUGGAUGACUCCAAGAAGCCAAAUUGCUUUGAGCUGUUCAUCCCAGACAAUAAAGACCAGGUGAUCAAGGCGUGCAAGACCGAGGCAGACGGACGUGUAGUGGAGGGCAAUCACACCUUCUACCGCAUCUCAGCCCCCACCACUGAGGAGAAGGACGAGUGGAUCAACAGUAUCAAAGCUGCAAUCAGUAGGGACCCUUUCUAUGAGAUGCUGGCAGCGCGGAAGAAGAAGGUGUCCUCUAUGAAGAGGCAGUAGGACUCCUGUGUAGAUGACCGCAGCUUCUUAUACACUGGGCACUGGACCUUAUAACUUGGGGCUUGGGUGAGGGAGGAGGCGGGAAGGGUGCAGAGGACUGGGUGUGGUGGCGUGUCUGACCGUGUGCAGAUGGAACAGAGGGCAUGCUGGGAGCUGGCUCAGGAUCUUCUGUAUCUUUUCCACCCAUCAGCACUCUCUCCAGGACGUUGCCUUGCUUUCUCGCUCAACGUCCGACGACGAGAGGAAGGCUGGAAAGAGCUUCUUCUCUGAUAGAACAUUCAAAUGAACACACACGCACACACACACACACACACACACACGCACACACACACACACACACACAAAACCAUCUCAACUCAGCGGGUCUGACUGAAUGUGGCAUCCUGUUUAAGAUUUUGUAAAACUUGCCACAGAUGUGGGAAAAAAACUCCUGUGCUUUAAUAGACGAAGGAAGGAUAUGUGCACCUAUUUUUACACCACAAUUCUUUGUCAGGGGAGGACUUCUCACUUAGUUGUUCUCAAAAGUAGAGAGUAGUCACAUUAAUUAAUAAGCUCUUUGGUUAACAUUUUUCUUGUUGUCCUUUUGCCCAAGUCAUGCAACUUCUGUAAGGCUGUGUAGAUAUUCUUCAUAUUCACUCUCAUGUUAAACAGCUGGGCUAUGACUGUUAUGUGGUGUGAUGUUUUGUGUUGUAGUAAGUUGUAAAAAAAAGAAUGAAAAUGUCAUCUCUGCCAAAGUUUUUUUUACACAUUGCUUUUUUUUUUAUCCAUGUUCACUUUUUAAGUAUGCUUUUUGUGAAAUAUGCCCAUUUCCCCUUUUGCCACAGCAAUCACACAUCUCACACAUCUCAUCUUAAUUCCAGGCUCGAAUGAGCAUAACAACACAACCUAUGAUCUGCUGCAAACAGGUGAAGACUGAGCAGAACCCCCCCCUCCCCACCCACGUACUGUACUGUGUCUGCAAGGUGGCUCUGCUGUGGGUGUGAAGGAUGCUGUAUACUUAAACUGUAAAUUCUUUGCGGCUUGUCUGUAGGCAGGCCACACACACAAACACAGAAUAUAGCUGUGAUCCCUACAAGUGCAGCUGUUAUGUGCUUUGUGCUACCCUUGAUGACACAUCUGACUCGUUUCCUCUUUUUCUUCCCAAUAUAACUCACUGAGAUACUGUUACUGUUCAUACUGCAGAAAGGAUCGAUUGUCAUUUGGUAAAACCUCAAUUUUCAAGAUGAAUGACAGUAGCGUACAUGCUCCCAGUUUCUAACCUACUACUAAUAUGCUUCCAUCAUUUGAAUGAGUUCUUAUUUGGUUGUAUUUCUGUUUGCAGUCCUCUUGUUUCCAGAGUGGCAUUAGAGUGAAAGCCAUGAACAUGAGCUUUUUUUGUUUGUUUUAUAAGCCAUAUGUGAGUUUCUAUCUUAUUUAAAUAUGCUGGUAAUUUAGAAAACAAAACUAUCAAAUUUAAGUAGUUUAUUUAUCAAAGUGAUGUAUAUACUUAAAUGUAUAGGUUAAUCUUUUAUUUUAAAAUAUGUUUGUGUGAUCAUUUAUGAAGUUGGGUGCCAGUUUUAUUUGUUUUGUUAACAUACAGUAGCUUUUUUCACCAAUGUCACAUAGCCUACCCAUGCGCUGAUAAACAAUAAAUAACAUGGUAAGUGCUUUGAAA